AUGAAUAUGACAACAGAAACUAUGGAAAAAAAUGAAAUAGUUAGUACUACAACAAUUAAAAAUCAGCAACCAUUGACAACAUUAUUAUGUGAAAAACGUGAUAAACCUUAUUUUCUUCCACAUAAAUCUGAUACAAGUAAAUUCUAUGUAUGUGUUAAAGGACAAUUAUUUUUACUUAAUUGUCCCACAAACUAUCGAUUUGAUAGUGAAAUUGAUCAAUGUAUACGUAAAAUAAUUGAAAAUGAAAUCGAAGAAAAACCGAAAAAACCAAUUUUAAUUCCACAUGAAACUAAUUGUGGAUGGUAUUAUGUUUCACGUAUUGAAACAGGUGAACGUAUUCUCAAUAGUUGUCCAAUGCCACAAUUAUUUGAUAUUUCAUUACUUGAAUGUAAAAAUUAUACAGAAGUUAAAUGUAAAGAUCGUUUUGAACCAAAAGAUGCUUGUGAUUAUCAAAUACGUUCAUCUGCUCAUGCAUAUCCAUGUUCCUAUUUACCAAGCUGUAAAAAUCGUGUUGAUGGUUUAUAUCCAGAUCGUUUACGUGAUUGUCGCAUGUAUUUUCGUUGUACAUCUGAACGUAGUUCAGAAUCUUAUUCAUGUGCACAAAAUACAUUACCAUUAGGUGAACGAUUUAGUUUUGAAGAACAACGUUGUCUACCUGCUCAAUAUGUUGAAUGCAUCAAUGAUCAACAAAAACCUUUCUUUUAA